UUCCCUUAAUUAAUCAUCCCCCAUUUCCUCGAGUCUUUUUCUUUAUUUUAUUGUUACAAAAGUCUUAAUUAACAAAUUAAUUAACCCACGAAGUAAUUUACUAAUUAUCUCUGUUUUGUUCUCGUUUAAACAACAAAAAAAAUGAGGUCAUUUUAUUUUCCUCCAUUGAAACUACUGUAUUCUCCUUUUCUUUCUCCAUUUCUCCUCCUCUUUCCUUUUCACCUCUGUUAGACCCAGGAAGGAAUUUGAUCAGAAUUUCAAAAUAACGUCAAAUUCUAACUUGAGUCUCAGAGAUUUCCAUCUUCUUUUCUUUAUCAUACUUAAUCUCUAUCUUUUCAAAAUUAAGGUGUUUUUUUGUUUGUUAAGAUAGCAUUUUCCCUUUUUAGUUUGUUGAUAAUUCUUCUGGAAUUGGUGUUCUAUUGUGAGUUUCUUGUAUGGGUUGCGUUGUAUCACUCACUAAUAAUACAGUGACAAAGAUUUCAUGUUCAAUUUAAGCAAUUUUUGAUAUGGGAAAUAUGAAAGUGUUCAGUAUGAAUAUUUCAUUUGGUUGUAUUCUGUGUAUAUGAUGAGAUUUUUAAGUUUAAUGGGAAAUUCUUUUGGAUGCUCGGCUUCUGGGGAACGUUUAGUUUCAGCUGCAAGAGAUGGUGAUGUUAUGGAAGCUAAAGCUUUAUUAGAAUAUAAUCCUCGUCUUGCUAGGUAUUCUACUUUUGGUGUUAGAAAUUCUCCUCUUCAUUAUUCUGCUUCCCAAGGUCACAAUGAGAUUGUCUACCUGUUGGUUGAAUCAGGAGUUGAUAUUAACGUCAGGAACUACCGUGGACAGACUGCUUUGAUGCAAGCAUGUCAACAUGGUCACUGGGAGGUUGUUCAAACCCUGAUGCUUUUCGGAGCCAAUAUUCAUAGAGUGGACUAUUUGAAUGGGGGUACAGCACUGCAUUUUGCUGCAUUGAACGGGCAUUCACGAUGCAUUCGUCUCAUUCUUGCCGAUUACAUUCCCAGCAUCCCCAACUUUUGGAGUAUCAUGAGAAAAAGAUGUAGUAAAGAACUUGCAAUAGACUUUGAUGAAGGUGCUCUUCAUGAAAUAAUUAAUACACCCGCAGAUGGGGGUAUUACUGCCCUCCAUAUGGCAGUACUGAAUGGGCAUGUCGAGACCGUCCAUUUGCUGUUGGACUUGGGAGCUCGUGUUUCUGAGGUUACUGUGGAAGACGGAACAACGAUUGACCUAAUUGGGGCAGGUAGCACACCACUUCAUUAUGCUGCAUGUGGCGGAAAUGCACAAUGUUGUCAACUUUUGAUUGCAAGAGGUGCUGACCUGAAUGCUGAAAAUGCCACUGGGUGGACACCCUUGAUGGUUGCUCGUUCGUGGCAUAGAGUGGGUCUUGACGAACUUCUGAGUAAACAGCCAGAAGAACGACUUCAAAUUCCUCCUUCAUCGUAUCUCUCUCUCCCCCUUAUGAGCAUUAUCAAGAUUGCUAGAGAAUGUGGAUGGAAGAACAAUGAUACACAAGCCACAACCAUUGAUCCAUGUGUUGUUUGUUUGGAGAGAGAAUGCACAGUGGCUGCAGAAGGUUGUGAUCAUGAGUUCUGCACACAAUGUGCAUUAUAUCUAUGUUCUACCAACAGCAACUCGACCAUUCCACACAGCCCUCCAGGCUCAAUUGCAUGCCCUCUUUGUCGUCAUGGGAUAGUUUCUUUUGUUAAACUUCCCGGUACAGCUCCAAUCAAUAAAGAGUUUCCGAGAACAAGUUUGUCUUUAACUCUCUGUGCAUGUUCAGGUGAAGCAUCCGACCGUACUUCAAUGUUAGCCCCAUAUUCCAAACCUGACAAUCAUUGCAGCCGGAUAUUACCCCUUUGUGCAUCACCUUCUUUCCGCAAUCUCAGUUGUCAGAGGUUCUCAUCAAUGAAAAUCAACUCAUCUACUUUUUGUAUGGGAGCACCAGAUACUAGUCCUUCAUUAGUUCAUUGUGCUACUGACAGAAGAUUAAGAGAUCAUUUGGGUAGGUGUUCAAGGUCAAAUCUACGAAGAUCUGCAUCUCAAACCGAGAGUCGGAGAUCAUGGUUUUCUUCUUUGCUGGUGGCUGAAUGAAAAACACAAGAGAAACAGCGUGAUAUAUAGAAAAUUCCUAAUUAUCCAUUAUUUUUCGUGUAAGAUUUGUUAUGUCCUUCCGUUACUUGGGACUAAAAUUUGCAUAGAAAAAAAAAGGAUUGGUUGAUUAUUUUGGUGGUUGUACACUGUUGUGAGCUUGUAAAUAUAGUGCCAAGUGAAUGGCUUCCACAGGGAUCAUUUAAGUUGUUAAAUUUCAACAACCUCUAUUGCUUGUUGAUUUGCCAUUCAUUGUAUUGAGAUUCCUGAAAUUGUUUUCUGCUGCCAAA